AUGGAAAAAUACCAUGGAUUAGAAAAAAUUGGAGAAGGUACAUAUGGUGUAGUUUACAAAGCACAAAACAAUUAUGGCGAAACAUUCGCGUUGAAGAAAAUAAGACUGGAAAAAGAGGAUGAAGCGAUUAGAGAAAUUAGCAUUCUAAAAGAGUUAAAGCAUUCAAAUAUAGUCAAGUUGUAUGAUGUCAUACACACAAAGAAAAGACUAAUACUGGUUUUUGAGCAUCUCGACCAAGACCUCAAAAAACUUCUAGACGUAUGCGAUGGAGGACUCGAGUCCGUAACGGCCAAGUCAUUUUUACUUCAGUUGCUCAGUGGAAUAGCCUAUUGUCAUGAACACAGAGUGUUGCACCGCGACUUGAAGCCGCAGAAUUUGCUCAUAAAUCGGGAAGGAGAAUUAAAAAUCGCAGAUUUUGGACUGGCCAGGGCCUUUGGAAUCCCCGUGCGGAAAUACACCCACGAAGUCGUCACAUUGUGGUAUAGAGCACCGGACAUUUUAAUGGGAUCGAAGAAAUACUCCACCCCAAUUGACAUGUGGAGCGUGGGGUGCAUAUUUGCAGAAAUGGUAAAUGGGAGGCCCCUCUUCCCAGGGGUGUCCGAAACAGAUCAGCUCAUGAGGAUAUUCAGAAUCCUUGGAACCCCCAAUUCGGAGAACUGGCCGAAUGUUACUGAGCUUCCCAAGUACGACCCGGAUUUUAUGGUCUACGAGCCCUUGCCCUGGGAGACAUUUCUAAAAGGAUUAGACGACACGGGAAUAGAUUUGCUUUCGAAGAUGCUGAGACUGGACCCGAAUCAGAGGAUCACCGCAAAACAGGCUCUCGAGCAUGCGUACUUCAAGGAGAGCAAUUAA